UCGUAGUAGCACAAUCCAAAUCCAAAUCCAAAGCUAAAUCCAAACCAAACUCCAUUCCAGUUUUCCAACAUGGAAGAGGAGCGAGAAAAUGGAGCUCACUGCCUAAUCGUGCCCUACCCGAUUACUGGCCACAUAAACCCGAUGCUCCAAUUCGCCAAACGCUUAUCCCACAAACGGGUCCGGGUCACCCUAGCUCUAACCGAAUUCCUCCUCAAAACCACCACCUUCUCCGCCGCCUCCGUCUCUCUCCGCCCCAUCUCCGACGGCUUCGACGACGGAGGCCGCGCCCAUGCCAAGACCUCCGACGAGUACUUCGCCCGCUUCCAGGAAACCGGGCGGCAGACGCUCUCGGAGCUGAUCCGGGAGCUCUCGGGUUCGGGUCGGGUCGUGGACUGCGUCGUCUACGACCCGUUCAUACCUUGGGUGCUGGACGUGGCGAAGGGGGCCGGGCUGCAGGCGGCGGCGUUUUUCACGCAGUCGUGCGCGGUCGACAACAUAUAUCACCAGGCGUAUGCCGGGGAGCUGAGGCUGCCGCUCUCCGGCGGCGAGGUCGAGGUGCCCGGGCUGCCGGCGAUGAAGCCCGACGAGAUGCCGUCGUUUAUCUACGUCCACGGGUCGUACCCGGGUCCGUUUCGCAUGAUCCUGGACCAGUUUCGGAAUCUGGGCCGGGCGGAUUGGAUCUUCAUCAACACUUUCCGUGAGUUGGAAGAAGAGGUGCUGCAAUACUGGAUGACAAGGAUUGGGAGAGUGAGGGCGGUAGGGCCAACCAUACCAUCAAUCUACUUAGACAAACGUUUGCAAGAUGACAAAGAAUAUGGCCUCACCAUCUUCAAACCAAUGAGCAAUAUAUGCAUGGAAUGGCUCAAUCAACGACAACCUAGAUCGGUCGUCUACGUGUCGUUCGGAAGUUUGGCGGAGCUAACCGUAGAUCAAAUCGAAGAGCUGGCGUGUGCUCUGACAACAUGCGGCAAGCACUUCUUGUGGGUGAUACGAAAAUCGGAGGAAUCGAAGUUUCCCGCCAAGUUAUUGGCGCCGAUGGGAUUGGUGGUGUCGUGGUGCGACCAGCUCGAGGUGCUGGCGCACGAGGCCGUAGGUUGCUUCGUUACACAUUGUGGAUGGAACUCGACACUAGAGGCGUUGAGCUUGGGAGUGCCGAUUGUGGCGAUGCCGCAGUGGACCGACCAGAGUUGUAAUGCUAAGUUUGUUGUUGAUGUCUGGGGGAGCGGCGUUAGGGCUCGGCCUAACGAGAAGGGAUUGGUGAGACGAGAGGAGAUAAUUGGGUGUGUGGAGAGCGUUAUGGAGGGGAAAUUCAUUAGUUCGAAUGCGACCAAAUGGAAGGAGAUAGCUAGAGCGGCUGUGGACGAGGGAGGUACUUCGGAUAAAAAUAUUGAAGAAUUUGUAUCUGCCUUGAAAAUAUUGAAAGCCACAACUAACAAGUAAAACUUUUCUAUACAUGUAAUGGUUUAUAAUAUUUUGUGUCCCCAACUUUCAACGUUUUCCAUAAAAUGUCUUGUUAUACAA